CUUGUAACCACCAGGUACGAUAUCAGAUUAGCCAAACAGAACGUCAAACUCUGACCAGGUAGCCAUCUGUGUAUCAUGUCUCAGCGAAAUCGCCCCAUUCUUCCAGCUGAACCCAACUCUACGAUUCGUGGUCCUGACCAUUCAUCAUCAUCGCGAGGGGUCCCUGUCACAAGCACAAAGCUAGUUCGGAGGGCUAGACCAGUCAUUCAGGCGUGCGACCGCUGUCGGAAACAGAAAGUGAAAUGUAACGGCGAACGACCAGUUUGCAAAACCUGCGCCAGCAAACGAGUACCAUGUUCGUGGACAGUCGCGAAUCAUCAGACUACCGUAUCCGCCUCGAGGCAUCAGGCAGUUCAGGUUGAAAAUGAGCGCCUUCGGGAGGUGUAUGCUCUCCUUCAAACGCUUCCGGAGAGUGAGGCUCGACAGAUGUUUGCUCGAAUCCGUGAUGCAGACGAUCCUAUCACCGUAUUGAAUCUUGCAAGGGGCGCAAGCACACUCAGAGACCCUCCAUCUCCACGUCCCGAAAUCACCUCGACAGGCUGGAACCCUAGGGUGGACGCCCUGAGCCUUAAGACGUUGAGCGAAAGCCCCAUACGCGUACAUGCCAAGCCCUGGACUGCUGUUGCCGGCGAUGGGCUUGUUUCGCAGCUAAUAUCGUCUUUCUUCACCUGGGAUGAUGCAUUUUUUUAUCCCUUCAUUGAUCUUCAAGCCUUUCUAAAGGAUAUGAAUAGUGGUGAGGUCAAGAAAGCUAGAUAUUGCUCACCUUUUCUUGUCAAUGCAAUUUGCGCUUCUAGAUGUUUUACAUCUGCAAGAGCAAAGAUGUUUAGCUCUAUCGCAGGCAAGAGCGUAGGAGCACAAUUCCUAGAUGAGGCAAAGAAGCUACUAGACUUGGAAAACGGUCGAGCCUCACUUCCAACAGUACAAGGGCUCACCCUAAUGUUUACUCUCUCGGCGUACCGGGGCAUGGAUCGAGCAGGCAUGAUGUAUAGGUAUGCUGCAUACGAAAUGUUUCGUCGACUUCAUCUAGACGGGACGUUCAACAGAAUCAAAGACGACCCUGGUCAGACGCGACAGAGGGAAAUCAUAUCGAAAGCUGCUUGGGGGCUCUUCUGUUUUGAAAGUAUUGUAGCAUACGUAUAUCUCGAGCAAUCUCUACUUGCACCGCCCACAAUACCAAGAUGCUUUCAUGCAAAAGACAGACCAUCGGAAAAUCUUGAUUUAUGGGGUGACUUACAUCAGACAGAGAGAGGCAUGCCUCCGUUCGUGCCUGGUAUUCUAGAUGCCACUUGUGACUUAUCGGAAAUGCUGUAUGAGAUAAUGUUUUGCAAUAUCCGAGCACAGGAGAUUGGAAGCGAAGAGGACCUCAAAAAAAGGCGAGAAUUAUACAAUUCAGUUUUGGAAUGGAGCGGAAACCUACCAAAACGUAUGAAAAAAGAUGAGAACUUGACACCUCAGACCUGUUUCCUACGGUACUUAUCACUCCCUACAUUUUGUAUUCCACUUUCUCACAGAGACAGAAUCUACAUCGACGAAUUAUUAAUCAGCCUUCUAAGACCGCUAAGUCCUGAUACAAUAUUCGAAAAUGGAACAACCGCCAAAACGCAUUGCAUUCAACUAGCUGGCAUCGACGCAGACAUCGUGGCACAAUACAUACAACAUUUUUCCAUACGGGAUUAUUCAUGCAUGGCGCUAUGCGGACUUUACAACUCGGUCGGAACUGUAGCUGCGUAUCUCGACGAUCCAACCGCUCGCAGCACAUUUGUGAAAGCAAGCAUGAUGCUCCGCCAAAUCGGGCGUGAUUUUCCCAUGGCCAUAUUUAUCCUGCAGGGAAUCCAGGCUAUGGCAUGGGCGAGCGGUUUUGCGCUCCCAACUGAGGCCAGUCAAUUUUUUAAGGAACUAGGCUCUGGCAAGGAGGAACUUCUGGAUAUGCCUAUAGCAUUUACGCUGCCAUCGGUUGCGUCGGUCAGGCAGCUUUUGUCGGCGGAUAGCGGGGAUAACAAUAACAACUUAGAGAUGGGGAUAGAGAUAGGCUUGCUGCUUUCUAGAUGGAGUUCCUUAUCAGUCGACUAA